AUGCACAGUGAAAACGAAAAUGAAUCAGAGGACAAUCCGACGAAUACGACAAAAGCUUUUGAAUGUUAUAAAGAUGAAGAUGGUAUGCGAAAAGAUGAAGAAGGUCACGAUGAUAUGAUAACGGUCAAAUUCAUAAUCCCUCCAAAAAAUAGAGUUUUUACUAAUAGUUACCAUGUUAAUUUGCAAAUAACAGAGGUUAUCAACAGCUUAAGCAAUAUAUUCAAUAUGCCACGAGAUUCAAUAGUAAUAACACAUGAAGGUGAAGAGGUGCCAUUUGAUGUUAAACUUCAGCAUCUUAACAUCGAUGCUUUUGGAAUACUAACAUUGGGUCUCACAAAUUCUAAUAAUGCUGAAUUCAAAGUAGAUGAUUUGUAUAAAGACAUGGCAAUAGCCGAUAUUAUUACAGUACAUUGCGAAGCAGACCAUUGCGAUCCAUAUGAUUUGAUAGUUGAAAUAGAAGACAAGCGUAUUAUUAAACCAUUUACUGGAGGUUAUAAAAAUAAAAUAAAUAAUAUAGAAUAUCAUCAUGCAUUCACUCAAACUGGACCGCCAGCUUCAAAAAUAUCUCCAUAUCUGUUACAAUCGAGAGAUUGUCAGACAAUAACUAGUAUUGAUGUAAAUCAACAGACUUCUUGUACGAAUUCAACGCAAAUGCAAAGCGAGCAUAUUUGUAUACCAUCAGUAACAAACAAGAUAUUAACUCCAGGAAAAUAUAAAUCGUAUGAAGAAUUAGAACGCAAGAAAAAUAGUUGGAACAAAAUUGCCUUGUUGCAAAAAAAUAUUAAAGCAUAUAUAUGGUUAAAAUUGAUAAAUGAAACAUCUGCAAAAUACAGAGAGUUAUCUUGUAUUGAUCAAAAGAUGGAUAUGCAAAUUAAAAAUGAUUUGCGUAAGGAACGCAUGCAUGAUAUUGUCGUACAGACAUAUCCACGUAAUAAAAACGAUUUAUUAAUGUUACAAUCGGUUAUUGCAAAUUGGCACCAGCAAGAAACAGAAUCAAUUCAAAAGAUGUACUCUGGGGCACCAAAGCAUGCCGAGCUAAAUAUGCUGCUUGAAAAAGAAAUAAAAAUGCUGCAAGUUGUACAAGCGCGAAAGAAAGACUCCAUAGAAGAAAAUAACAAAUUGAAGGACUAUAAAAUAUUGACUUUAUCACAAAAACCUGUUACUUGGACUGGUUAUAAAGGACUAAAAAUUGAAAUGGACACUUUAAAAACUCAAUAUGCCCGACGUUUAUCGAUAAUUUAUAAUAGCAUUAGCAAAGAAGAACCAGUGGAAUCGCGAUUAGAAACUCUUAUGUCCUUGCGUUCAACCCUAGAAGAAAAUCCAACAAAUAUAUCGAUUGAUAUAAUUGAAUUAAUUGAUCGAGAAAGUGAAUUGUUAAUACGUCAAAUUAAUGCGAAAGAUAUUCAGAUUUUGCGCAAGCGAUUAAAACAAUUAUUGAUGAAGUAUAUGAAAAGUACGAAUACUUUUAAAUGUUUAGAAUCUGAUUCGAAUUGUUUGUCAACAAAAGAUCAUCAUAUAUGUAAAUACUGUUCUCGUAUAAGACCAGCUAAAAUGAUAUCAUUGCAUUCAUGUACAAAGUAUUUAAAUGCAUGCGCUUCGUGCAUUUCCAUGGUGCAAACCCAGCAAAAAAAUUACGGUCCAUUUGCUAAAAUGUUGCAGGAAGUGCGAUGCGAGGAGCAAAAAAACAACUCUUUGCGGUCCGUAAUCUUCAUUAUGAAUGUAGUGGAUAUGCAAAAGCUGGUUGAUACAAUUUGGCACGGUCAAUCGGCGUUAAGCACUAAAACAGAAAAGCUUCAGGCUCCUAAAUGGGACCGAAGGAGAAACUGGUCGCCGUGGAACUGCAUUAUAUUGACAAGAGAAGAAACAUGCGCACAUAUGAAAAUAACAGAUUUAGAAAAGGCUUACGACCAUAGCUUCAUCGCAUAUGUUAAACUUAAACAUUUGCUGGCUAAAAACAUGUUUAAACAACUCGCCGAAGUUGACGAAAAUUUUAAAGAAGCGCAAUGUCAAAACAACGUACAUUAA